AUGGCAGAACAAGGCCAUCGAUCGUACCUGAGGGAGGCAUCUGGACCACGACCAGUCGAGAACGCUCGAGAUAAGCACCGCGGAAGCGGCCGUCGACACAAGGAGGCCGAUGACCGCGACAAGCAACGUUCCAGGAAGACGGAAAUGCCGCGCUCACACAGGAAGGAAAGCGGGCAUCGAAAGAAGGCCUCUGCUCAACAGUCCUGCACCCCUGCUCCUGAACGACCACGAAUCGAGCUUGAUGUCAUCGGUCAGCCAGCUUCUGGCAUUCAGCUGGGCAUGCCAGUGGAGAAGUCAGUUAUGAUCAGCUUGAAGCUUCCUUCACCAGAGCAUGCUGAGAAAGCCAGCUGUAUCAACACCUCCAGCCUUUUUGCGUUGACAUCCUUGGUCUCCGACUCAUCGAACGGCGAGCGGGUUCCACAGGAACCCAACGCUCUAUGUGGGAUGAAGACGCUCGACUCGAUCCAUCCGAUCCCGGAACAUGUUGUUGACAACUUGGCUCGCAACUACCCAUUGCGCCAGGCAUUGGGCUACUUCUCGUUCCCGGGUAUGGUCAUCAGGCAAGCAGGCACUUACCGCAUUCGUACGACUCUGGUGAGAAUGGGAGAGGCCGGAGCCAACAGUCUGCUUGCCGUCGACAGCGAGCCCAUCAAAGUCGAACGCAGUGGCGUCAACUCGCAACGUCGUCGUCAGCAAGUCUAUGGUUAA